AUGGCGGAGGUAAUCGGCCUCGCAGCUUCGAUCAUCCAGAUCGGAGCAACAGGCCUGAAGCUUUCAGAAACAUUGUACCAGUAUGCCGAAACGGUUGCGUCUGCUGACAAACGUGUUGGCGAUAUAGCACUUGAAGUAAACCUCACGUCGUCCCUGAUCAAGGAGCUGGGUACGAUCUUCAAUGAGAAACGCAAUGUGUCUUUGCUGUCGCAAGAUGCAGUCAAGACGGCCAAUACGACGAUCAAGGCUUGCGAAAAUGUUUUCGUGAAAAUGAGCGCGGAGGUGAACAAGACGAAUAAAAACAAGCUAGGAAAAUUCACGCUGCCGUUUCGGGAACCUAAGAUCAAUCUUUUGAGGACACAUCUUGACAUGCUGAAAAAUACACUGCAGCUGUUAUUGGGGGUGCUGAAUCUUGCUCAUUCAAAGCUCACACACGACGAUCGCCGGGUAGAACAAAAACUUCGCGAGCAGAUCAAGACUUUAUUACUCGAGAAGAAAAAAUCUACUAAGCGAUACGAAGAGUCGUUGAAAAACUAUAACAGGUAUGUAUCAGUUAUGAGAUCCAAAAUUCGGCUUCUUCUAAUUGAUUCUGACGACGAAUGGGAAGAGCAACCAAGUCACAAACCUUCCUUAGAUAGCCCAAAGGAUGGGACUAUUUCCAUAUCUCAAAUCAGUACAACAAUAACGACUGACAAUCUUGCACAAUGCGUCCAACAUGUCCAAACUCUCCUCGGAGAUAUCGAGAGACUACAGCAGGUACUCGCAAAAGCAGAAGCUGGUGUGGAUCAUUCAGAACAUCAUCAAGCCAUCAUCGGAUCGUAUCUACGGACCAAAGACCAUCUCGAUGGUAUUUUCUUAGGCAAUCCAAAA